UCUUUAGUACAGUACUUGUACAUGACGGUCUCUUUGAAAGACUUUGUCUCGGCUGAACUAAUGCAGUAAAACUGCAUGAAAGCUAGGUUGCUUCCUGUACUAGCUGUAGAUCGACGAGGUCUGUAGACUGUGUAGUGUAGACUGAGUCUGUAGUCCCAGUCAUUUGUACAAAGUCAUGCACAAGUCAUGAUGACUGUAGCAGUGCUAUGUCGUUUUUCCAUCAUCGCCAUCGCCGCAUCGGCGUUCCUGGUCGACUUGGUGGUCCCGUCUCAGUGGUGCGGAUCUGUGCUGGAGUAUCUACCACCUUGGCCAUGUCACUUACAGCCUCGAAGGCAUCGGCCUGUAGCGCCGAUACAGCCCUUGUCCUGGAGCAAAGAAUGAAGCAAGCUGUUGACAGGGCCAGGCAGAGCUUCCAUGCGGGUAAACUCCGGGAGCACGGGCAGCGCAUCUUCCACCUCGAGCAGAUGCGGAAGUUUCUUGUAGAGGAGUUCAGUACACUCCUGCAGGCUGGAAUUGAUGACUUUAAAAGAAGCCCGGAGGAGACGGAGUACAUCGUGCUGCCCGUGAUCCACGCAGAGAUUGACCAUGCAAUCAGGAACCUGUCGUCCUGGAUGAGGCCGCGGAAUGCCACCCGUUCCCUGCUCCUUGCCUCGUUCAAUAAAGUGCAGGAAAGGGCACAGCCGCUUGGUGUCGUGGCUGUCAUAUCUCCGUGGAACUAUUCAAUGCUUUUGCUACUACGGCCACUGGUGGGCGUCAUUGCGGCAGGAAAUACAGCUGUCCUCAAGCCAUCUGAAGUUUCUCCAGCAAUGGAGAAAGUACUUGCUGAGCGGCUUGGUCUAUACCUCGAUCCGGAUUGUUUUCCCGUCGUCACAGGAGGCAUACCCGAGACGACUGCUCUUCUCAAGCAGCGAUUUGAUCACAUCUGCUUCACUGGGUCCACACCGGUCGGUCGCAUUGUGUUGCGUGCGGCUGCAGAGCACUUGACUCCCUGCACUCUGGAACUAGGCGGCAAGAAUCCUGUUAUCAUUGAUCGUUGCUGUGACUUGGAGGUGACAGCCACUAGAAUCAUGUUUGGCAAGUCCAUUAAUGCUGGUCAGCUGUGCAUUAGCUGCGACUACAUCAUCUGCCCACGCGCACUACAGGAUGAACUCGUCAAGAAGUUCUGCUCUGCUCUACAGAGAUUACAUGACGGUGAAGAUUUGAGUAAAAGCAAGUCGUUUUGCAACAUUAUUAACGAGCGGCAUUUCAGUCGUCUGGUAUCUUUGCUUGAAGGCACGAAAGGUAAUGUUGCCAUCAAGGGCUCCAUUGAUCACCAAUCAUUGUUCAUGGGACUAAGCGUUGUAACGGAUGUGACAGAGGAUGAUUCGCUGAUGGAAGCUGAGAUCUUUGGGCCUAUCCUACCGAUCCUGCCGCUGGAAAGCACCGAGGAGAUUCUGAUGCACCUAAGAAAGAGGGACAAGCCGCUCUCACUGCACGUCUUCUCCAAUCGUCAGGCGUUCAUCGACGAGAUAAUUGACAACUCGUCGAGCGGCAUGGCGGUGGUUAACGACUGUGUCGUCCAGGUUACCGGGAUGAACACUCCGUUCGGUGGUGUCGGCGCCAGUGGCAUGGGUGCUUACGGUGGCCACACAGGCUUCAGCACCUUCAGUCACAAGCGCACCUUCCUACAAGUGUCUCUCUGGGAUGGUUUCAACAGCUGGUUACGCUACGGAUACGCCAAGAAGCCGUAUGCGAGAGUGGCAGUAAAGCAUUUUGAAUCUAUCCACCCAUUUGACUAUUGGCCACAGGUCCUGUUGACUUCCACGCUUUUUGUAGUAGCGCUCCUGCUAGCCAAAGGCUAAGCGUAGCCUUUGAAUUCACUGCACUUCUACUGCUACAUGUAUCUCUCUGUGCAGUCACAUUGCAAAAGUGGGAUCUCGCAGUCACAUUGCAAAAGUGGGAUCUCGCAGAGGAGCAUAAGCCCUGUCUGGAAGUCGGCCAUUCGCCAGAAAACAGUCCAGCAUUCUCAUGCCUCCUGACACCCUCUCGCCAUCCCGUGUUCUACUUCUAGAGAUCGUUCAUAAUUAUAAUAUUAUUGACCUUUCACACGAAACGAAAAAAGUUUCUUUUAAUAAUGGGCGGGCAGUUUAUAGAGGAGUUUCAUUUUGGAAAAAAAUAUAGCUGAAAAAGAUAGCUGAAAUCCAUAUUCUACUAGUAGCUGUCAAGCUUUAAAAUUAUAUUUUUCGUUCCAUGAAAAUUCUUCCCGCACUUUUUUUGGUUUGGAAACAGAACUGAAGCUAUCUCGCGUUUUUUUCAUUCUGUGUUUUACUGUUUUCUUCAUUGCGCAUGUACAUGUAGCUUGGCUACUGGCAUAAUGCGUGCUGCUGAAUUCACACAACUAGGUUUUUCACGUACGGUUGA